GGUGCAAGAAGAAAUCAGCUACUUUGAAAUUCAGUCAAGUAAACUGUCGGGAUGGGCGUUUGCCUGACAUAUUUUAUAGAGGAGUUGGAUGGCAUAAAUGAUAAAUGUGAUAUUGAGGGUCUCUGAAGUCUAUGAGAGGUAGAAACUCAACCAUGAUUUCUUUUUCAACUCUAGAGCCUUUCCUUCCUUGAAGUCUUCAGUUUUGAUUUAGUCUGAGGCAGUUAUACUUAAGCAUGAACAUUGACGACAAACUGGAAGGAUUGUUUCUUAAAUGUGGCGGCAUAGACGAAAUGCAGUCUUCCAGGGCAAUGGUUGUAAUGGGUGGAGUAUCUGGCCAGUCUACUGUGUCUGGAGAGCUACAGGAUUCAGUUCUUCAAGAUCGGAGUCUGCCCCACCAGGAGAUUCUCGCUGCAGAUGAAGUGUUACAAGAAAGUGAAAUGAGACAGCAAGAUAUGAUACCACAUGACGAACUCAUGGUCCAUGAGGAGACAGUGAAAAAUGAUGAAGAGCAGAUGGAAACACAUGAAAGACUUCCUCAAGGACUACAAUAUGCACUUAAUGUUCCUAUAAGUGUAAAGCAGGAAAUUACUUUUACUGAUGUAUCUGAGCAACUGAUGAGAGACAAAAAACAAAUCAGAGAGCCAGUAGACUUACAGAAAAAGAAGAAACGGAAACAACGUUCUCCUGCAAAAAUUCUUACAAUAAAUGAGGAUGGAUCACUUGGUUUGAAAACCCCUAAAUCUCAUGUUUGUGAGCACUGCAAUGCUGCCUUUAGAACGAACUAUCACUUACAGAGACAUGUCUUCAUUCAUACAGGUGAAAAACCAUUUCAAUGUAGUCAAUGUGACAUGCGUUUCAUACAGAAGUACCUGCUCCAGAGGCACGAGAAGAUCCACACUGGUGAAAAACCAUUUCGCUGUGAUGAGUGUGGUAUGAGAUUCAUACAAAAAUAUCAUAUGGAAAGGCAUAAGAGAACUCACAGUGGAGAAAAACCUUACCAGUGUGAAUACUGUUUACAGUAUUUUUCCAGAACUGAUCGUGUAUUGAAACAUAAGCGUAUGUGCCAUGAAAACCAUGACAAAAAACUAAACAGAUGUGCCAUCAAAGGUGGCCUUUUGACAUCUGAAGAAGAUUCCGGCUUUUCCACCUCACCAAAAGACAACUCACUGCCAAAAAAGAAAAGGCAGAAAACGGAGAAAAAAUUAUCUGGGUUGGACAAAGAGAGUGCUUUGGACAAAUCUGACUUGAAGAAGGACAAAAACGAUUACUUGCCCCUUUAUUCUUCAAGUACUAAAGUCAAGGAUGAGUAUAUGGUAGCAGAAUAUGCUGUUGAGAUGCCACAUUCUUCUGUUGGGGGAUCACAUUUAGAAGAUGCGUCGGGAGAAAUACACCCACCUAAGCUGGUUCUCAAAAAAAUAAAUAGUAAGAGAAGUCUGAAACAACCACUGGAGCAAAAUCAAACCAUUUCACCUUUAUCCACAUAUGAAGAGAGCAAAGUUUCCAAGUAUGCUUUUGAACUUGUGGAUAAACAGUCUUUACUGGACUCAGAAGGCAAUGCUGAUAUCGAUCCUGUUGAUAAUUUGCAAGAGGGGCCCAGUAAACCUGUGCACAGCAGCACUAAUUAUGACGAUGCCAUGCAGUUUUUGAAGAAGAAGCGUUACCUCCAAGCGGCAAGUAAUAACAGUAGGGAGUAUGCACUCAAUGUGGGUACAAUCGCUUCUCAGCCUUCUGUAACACAAGCAGCUGUGGCGAGUGUUAUUGAUGAAAGCACCACGGCCUCCAUAUUAGAUUCACAGGCUUUGAAUGUGGAGAUUAGUAAGAGUAAUCAUGACAAAAACGUUAUCCCGGAUGAGGUACUGCAGACUCUGUUGGAUCAUUAUUCUCAUAAAGCGAAUGGACAGCACGAGAUAUCAUUCAGUGUUGCGGACACUGAGGUGACUUCCAGCAUCUCAAUAAAUUCUUCAGAAGUACCUGAGGUUACCCAGUCAGAGAAUGUCGGAUCAAGCUCUCAAGCAUCCUCAUCAGAUAAAGCCAACAUGUUGCAGGAAUACUCCAAAUUUCUGCAGCAGGCUUUGGACAGAACUAGCCAAAAUGAUGCCUAUUUGAAUAGCCCGAGCCUUAACUUUGUGACUGAUAACCAGACCCUUCCAAAUCAGCCAGCAUUCUCUUCCAUAGACAAGCAAGUCUAUGCAGCCCUGCCCAUCAAUAGCUUUCGAUCAGGAAUGAAUUCUCCACUAAGAACAACUCCAGAUAAGUCCCACUUUGGACUAAUAGUUGGUGAUUCACAGCACUCGUUUCCCUUUUCAGGUGAUGAGACAAACCAUGCUUCUGCCACAUCCACACAGGACUUUUUGGAUCAAGUGACUUCUCAGAAGAAAGCUGAGGCUCAGCCUGUCCACCAAGCUUACCAAAUGAGCUCCUUUGAACAGCCCUUCCGUGCCCCGUAUCACGGAUCCAGAGCUGGAAUAGCCACCCAAUUUAGCACUGCCAAUGGACAGGUGAACCUUCGGGGACCAGGGACAAGUGCUGAAUUUCCCGAAUUUCCCUUGGUGAAUGUAAACGAUAAUAGAGCUGGGAUGACAUCUUCACCCGAUGCCACAACUGGCCAGACAUUUGGCUAAAAACGAAAAUGUGUAAAUAAUAUUGGCACUUUAGAACAGAUUAAUCAAGAGUGGGGUUACUCUGUGUAAAAUGGAGUGCUGUACAGAGAAAGAGCAAUGUGUUAUCUAUCACAAGUUAAGCGGAUACGAAUAGCAAGAUAAUCCAAUAACUGCAUUUUGUUUGGUUAGUCAGCAUUCUUUGAACUGCCUUACAUGUUGUCAACUUUCUAGAAGCAAUGCAUCACUUGUUUUAGAUCCGAAACUUGCUAUUCCACCUACACCAAGUUGAAAAGGAGAGAGAGGUAGAGAGAGAAAAGAGACUCGCACAAUUGUUUCCUAACUUGAUAACAUUGUACAUUCUUAGGAGAUUAGUAAUUGUGUGAAAAUUACUCAUACUGUUUCUAAGUUUUUCAGCAUAGUCAUUGCACUUCAAGCAGGGAAUCUCAGUCUACAGAGUGAACUUAAAAGUUUAAAUGUCAAGAGAUUAUGGCUUAACUAAUUUAGUAUGUCCUAUAGGGGGGAAAAAGAAACCACCUUUAAAAAUAAUGAUAUGCCAUAGACCCUUGAUUUUAAUUUUGCGUUAUAUUGACAUGUUUUUUUGAGAAAAAAAUAAAAAUCUGAUAGUCUAAGA